UUGAUUGUCAGGUGUUCACAUUUAUGUUGUUUUAUCUGUGAAAGAUGCAAUUUUCUCUUAUUCAAGCUAUUUUCGAAGAUUCUACACUAUUGAAUCGAGCAACAGCUAUUAAAUAUGAGCAAUUUUAAAUACUCCUUAAUCUUAUCUGUUAUCUCUUCAGUAUUUAUGUUAAAAAUUUUGUACGAAUAAAAAUUAAUCUAUUAAAUUAAAUUGAAUUACAGAUUAUAAUUAAAAAAGUUUGAGAAAUAUUUGAAAAGUUUGCGAAAUUCUCUAUGAAACUUAAAUAUCCAUUAUGAAUUCAUUCCAUUUUACCUUUUAAAAUUCAAUUCAGAACAUUAACGGGUUGCACAUCAACAGAUUUAAUGGCUGUUUAUGUGAAGCGUCGACGUAUUGUGCUGUUAAUAGUUAUUAUUUGCUUCAUUUAUUUCGUAUUCAAUCUGAUUAUUAUAGGAAAGAGCAUUAAAAAAUCACGUGAAAAAGAAUUGAAAAAUAUGCAAGAAAAUACUUUACUCUCAGAUCAAAAUGCUGUGCCAGGUGAUUAUACUUUUGACUUCAACAAUGAUGACUAUUUUUUGACGGACGAGGAGGAGCUACUUAAAACUGGUCAUGACACAGCCCACUUACAGCAACCGAAACGGUCAGAGUUGAAUCGUGACAACUGGCAUCCUGGUUUUCCUACUUCAAUUCCAAAGAUUGAGGUGGUUGUAGAAAAACCUGAAUUGUUCCACACUUUUGUUGAAAAUAAUCCUGAAAAUGGCUUUGAUCAUGAUUUUGAAGCUUUCGGGACUACCCGAGCUAGAACUUAUCAUCCCAUGGAACCUGAUUCCAAAGACCCUGUUCCUUUAAUACUAGAAGGACAAGAAACCAUUUUCUUUUUCAACACUCCCACAAUUCCACCUCAACACCCAGAUUCUCAAGGAUAUCCAGAAUUGAAACCAAAAGUGUAUCCUACGACUGUUGACAGCAAUCCUGAAAGCGGUAUAGAUGCAUUUGAAUUGACCGAUUUUGAGACGUUUGGAGCUAAUGAUGUAAGAACUUAUCCACCAAUUGGACCCGACUCGAUAAUCCCUGUUCCUAAAAUAGCAAUUGAUCAGAAAACCAUUUUUCAUUCAAAAUCUCUCGCUACUACUCCUGAUCCUCAAGGAUAUUUUGGGUUUAAACUCGUUGACAAGAAUGAAUCAAUUGUUGUUGAAAUUAACAGCUCACUACCAACCGAAGAAACAGCAACAGUUCUACGCAUAAAAAAUGAAUCUGAAGAAUACACUAAAAUCAAAAGUGUUGGAAAAGAUAAAUUGCCAAUUUCAGAAAUUCAAAAAACUAUCAAAAACCCUGCUUUGAUUAUUGAUACUCCAGGAUGCAAAAUACCUAAGUUUAACCCUUGGGAUCCAAGCGUCGCCAACCUUAUCCAAAUCUUUGGCGCCUAUAAUUGCCCCUUCCCUCCAUUAUUCAUGACACCAGGCCCUAACGGAAUUAUUAAUCUUAAUGUUUCAGUACUGGAAAAAUACUACAAUAGUACAUUAGAUGAUAUUAAUUGUUGGUAUCAGCCUAUUAUGCGAACAUACCUCUCAACGAACAAUAGAGAGGAUGAUUACUAUACACUCCCGGUUCAAGAAUUGAAAUUUGGAGAACCCAUUGAACAUGAAUAUCUUAUAACUAAGUGCUUCUUUAAGCACAAUAACACUCAUGAGCAGUAUAUGCCUUUAGUGAAGCUCAAAGACGAAGUAGAAAAACGGAAAUCCGUUAUAAAAUCUCCGUCUCCUUUAAAUGUAAUAAUUCUUGGCAUAGAUUCUGUAUCAAAGUUGAAUUUCAUGAGACGAUUCUUUCAAACAAAACCAUACCUUAAAUUUCAGAUGAAAGCGUUUGAUAUGAAAGGUUUUACAAAAGUUGGCGACAAUACUUUCCCAAACUUGGUACCAAUGUUUACUGGUCAUUUUGUAAAUUAUUUUUGGAAUGAGUCAAUCAAAGAUACAUAUUUUUUUGAUAAUGUGCCUUUUAUCUGGAAGGAAUAUGCUCGAUAUGGGCAUAGGACAUUCUUUGCAGAAGAUGCCCCAUAUAACGGGGCAUUUAACUUCAUAAAAAGGGGCUUUCUUGAGCCUCCUGCUGACUAUUAUUACAGACCCUUAGCUUUAGCAAUCGAACAAUCGGAACUUCGAAAAAAAGGCUUCGAAACGAAUUCACCAUGCCUCAAUUCAGAAUUGGAAACUGAUUUGAUGUAUGCGUAUCUGCUAAAUUUCAUAAAAACUAUGGGUACAAGACCUUAUUUUGCUUUCUGUAUGACUUCUACUCUUACACAUGAUUUCUUUGAUGCAGCUGGUUUUGCUGAUGCACCUGCAGCAAAACUUUUAAAAGUCCUCGAUGAGGAAGGAGCUCUGAACUCCAGUGCUUUUAUCUUUUUCAGUGACCAUGGGAUUCGAUAUGGGGAUAUAAGACAGACAUACAUUGGCAAAUUUGAAGAAAGGAUGCCAUUCAUGUAUCUCCACUUUCCUAAGUGGUUUCUAGAUCAACACCCAGAUUUUGAAAGAAAUCUUGCCAUUAAUCAAGAUCGGUUGACCAAUGUGUUUGAUAUUCAUGCUACUUUAAAACAUUUGCUUCACAUCAAUGAUGGAUUAAUUGAAGAAAAUGACGAGUUAGGUUUGAGUCUUUUCAAUGAAAUUCCAGAAAAUCGAACCUGCGCAGAUGCCCAUAUACAGGAACACUACUGCGCAUGUAAUAACUUCAACAAGGUAUCUGAGGAUAAUGAUGAAGUUUACAUAGUAUCCCUUUCUCUCGUUGCCCAUGUCAAUUCACUCUUAGUAAAUCACACAGAUAAAUGCGAAGAACUAAGUUUGGAUGUGAUUAAAGAUGCGCGUUUGGGACUUCCUAAUGAUAUUGUGCUGAAUUUAGAGCAAGAAGAAGACAAACUCAUAAAUAAAACUCUAGUUAUAGGUGAAGCACCACCAUUGCUAGGUGAUUACAUGGUAACAUUAUCAGUAAAACCUGGUGGUGCUAUAAUUGAGGGCACCGUUAGAUACGAUGCGAAAAAUUUAAUUCCAAUCGUUUUUGGUGUUAGUAGGAUAAACAUGUAUGGCACACAAUCAUGGUGCAUUGACAGUCAGGUUUUAAAACUUUAUUGCUAUUGUAAGUUUCAACCAUUUUAAGCGGUUUAUAAUUAAGUGUUAGAAUUAGAAACAUUUUUAUACUGAUUAACCCUAGUUAAAAUAAAUAAGAAAGACACAUUGACAUUUAA